AUGUCUCACCCACUCGCUAUUCUAUCCGUCGAGGAAACAAACCUGGCCCGCGAUGUGGUCAAGUCCGUCCACCCUGACGUGGUCAUUGACUUUCGGGAGAUCUUCCUACAGGAACCACCCAAGGCGCAACUGGUGGAGUUCCUCGCAAUCGAACACGCCGGUCGCUUAAGCCCAACCACCCCUCGUCCUCCACGUCUAGCCCUUUGUCAAUACGAUGUUAUCGGGUCCGAUCGCAUUCCCCAAUUCCACGAAUCUGUGAUUGAUGUGGUUUCACGAUCGCGCGUUAAACACACCGUGGUGGGGAAGGAGCACCAUGCCAGUUUGACCCUGAGCGAAUUUGAUGUUCUCGUCGAUCGGUGCAUGCAAUCCCCGCUCUUCCAACAAGCCAUAUCUGAAUUCGACCUUCCCGCCGGGUUUGAAGUUGUCAUUGAGCCGUGGCCCUAUGGGGGUCUGGAUCACACUGAUGAGAACAGACGAUUUUUCCAGGGACUGUGCUUUGCUCAGGAUAAGCGGUCAGGGAACGAAGACUCCAAUUUUUAUUCAUUCCCCUUGCCCAUCAUUCCCGUAAUGGAUGCCCACACUCAAGAGAUCAUUCGCGUGGAUCGACCUGCCACGGGCGGGAAGGGUGAUGGACUCCUGGAACAAACCUUUAAGCGAGACAUCAUUGGCCAUUGCAAGCCAUCUGAGUACGUGCCAGAGCUAAUGCCCGAGGGAACUCGCAAGGAUCUCAAGCCGCUGAAUGUCGUUCAACCGGAAGGCCCGUCUUUCCGAGUAACAAAUGAGUCUCUGGUGGAAUGGCAGAAAUGGCGGUUCCGCGUGGCCUUCAACCCGCGAGAGGGUGCUACGAUCCAUGACCUCUCAUAUGAUGGCCGCAGUGUCAUGCACCGACUGGCAAUCAGCGAGAUGACUGUCCCCUACGCCGACCCUCGUCCUCCAUUCCAUCGCAAGCAGGCAUUUGACUUUGGUGACGGUGGUGGUGGAAACAUGGCUAACAAUCUCUCCCUGGGUUGCGACUGCCUAGGAGUGAUCAAAUACUUUGAUGCCGUCAUUACACAGGCAGACGGCACUGCUCAAAAGCUCCCCAAUGCGAUUUGCCUCCAUGAGCAAGACAAUGGCAUAGGGUGGAAACACUCCAACUGGCGCACCGGUCGUGCCGUUGUGACACGCAACCGCGAGUUGGUGGUUCAGUUUAUCAUCACCCUGGCGAACUAUGAAUACAUCUUUGCCUACAAGUUCGACCAAUCUGGAGGCAUUGUUGUCGAGGCCCGUGCUACCGGCAUCUUGAACGUUGUGAAUAUCGAUGCGGGCAAGGUCAGCGACUACGGCAACGUGGUCUCCGGUGGCGUGCUGGCGCAAAAUCAUCAACACAUCUUCAAUGUCCGAAUUGACCCAGCUGUUGACGGGCAGAACAACUCCGUGGUCGUGGAGGAAUCUCACCCAGUCCCCAUGAAUGCCGUCACUAAUCCUAACGGAAACUUUUAUCAAGUCACUAAGCAAACGGUCGAGCGCGCAUCCUGGAUCGAUGCCGCCCCCCAGCUAAAUCGUACGAUCAAAAUGAUCAAUCCCCACAAGACAAACCCUAUCAGUGGCAACCCGGUGGGAUACAAAUUCAUCCCGCUCGCGACUCAGACCCUUCUGGCCGACCCAGAAUCUGUGCAGGCGCGCCGUGCUCAAUUCGCCCAGCACCAUGUGUGGGUGACAAAGCAUCGUGAUGGAGAGCUCUAUGCCGGUGGUCGGUACACGUUGCAGAGUCAAACAGAAGUAGAAGGUGUCGCGGACGCAGUGCGCCGUGGGGAUUCUGUUGUUGACACCGACGUAGUGGUCUGGAACUCCUUCGGGAUCACUCACAACCCACGAGUAGAAGAUUGGCCUGUCAUGCCCGUUGAAAUCUUCCAACUCAUGAUUCGGCCCGUGGACUUCUUCGUGGCCAAUCCCUCUAUUGACGUGCCGUCCAAUAAGAAUGGAUCAUCUCGACUUGCAGAUGCGGAAUAUAAUCUUUGCAGAUGUAGAUAUUAUCAGUUUAUAACCAGCUCCAGGGCUAUUCGUCUGUAUGACUUACGAGGUGCGUCCCAAUUGGUGCGUCAGGAUAGGUGGGGCUCUUCGGUUCUGUUUCCGCGUUCCGAACUUCCUCACUUCUUCUCUUCAAUCAUGACUUCCGAGUCCCCGUCGGAUCCUUCUCGGGCAAGGAAAAGAGCCAAAUACACGCAGGUCGCAUGCAAUGAGUGCAAACGCCGCAAGUUGAAAUGUAGCGGCGAUUCCGUCUGCGCACGGUGUACACGAGAUCAAAUCGAAUGUAUUUAUGCUACCAGCCGCCCUGGGGGAACUCAUGAAAUAGAUGAAAAGGAUGAAAAUACCCGUUUCCGAGCCGUGGACAGUCAAUUGGAAAGUCUACGGCGGGAUAUGCGGACAAUUUCCGCUCGACUGCACGAGCUGGAAUCUAGCACCAUAAAUGCCUCUCCAAACAAGCAGUCAGUUACUGUCCCUGCAGCCAGUCUACACCGCAUUCUCGAUGCACCGAAGUCACCAACGUAUGUCGGGCCCACAAGUGCUGAAUUCGGGCUCGGGCAGCCUCGAGGGCCUUCUUCGCAGACUGGCAGGGAAACCAUCACCGAUGGCCCCGAAGAGGGCCUUGAUUCAUCAAGCAGCGUGGCUAGCCCUGCACCAUCGGAAAGAAGGACGGAGGCACCUACCGGAGACCCACUGAAGAGCCUUGGCGCAGAUGAAGCAUUGAGGCUAGUGCAAGUUUAUGAAGAUACUGUCGGGGUGAUGUACCCAUUUGUUGACUUGGAUGGGGUGCGUGCAUACGGUAAGUAUGGCAGCCAGCAGCACAGACUGUGCUUAGCCCAAAGCUUGUCCCAGGCUCACACAAUCACAGUGCUAGAAUACUACCGUCAGGACUCGGUCACCCAGUCACCAAACCAGUCAGACAAGGCAGUUUCGGAUCAGGACUGGUUUUCUGCGCGUGAUGUGCAGGUGUUCAAAAUCCUAUUGGCCACUGCCCUUCUAGUUGAGUCGCACGGUCGGAGCGAGCGUGCCGCUCACUUGGCUGAUAGCGUGGAGGAUCGCUUUGCAAGUCGAUUGAAAAUCGCCGAGGUUGAUAUGAAGGAGAUAUUGAUCCUUACUCUAUUGUCAAUAUUCCACUCUUAUCGUGACGACGAAGUUAUUGCCGGUCGCUUCAUCGGUAUGGCCGUUCGGGGGAGCACCGAGCUAGGCCUACAUCGUCAGGAAAUUUGGCAAAAGACCGGAGGCGUUUUCCCAGGGGAGCUGGAAUGGACGUGGGCAAGCCGGCUGUUCUGGUGCAUCUAUGUACUGGAUCGCAAGUUUGCCUUUGGCUCUGGCCUGCCAUUCUCCAUCCAAGACUUCGAUAUUGACACCAAUCUCCCCGAGCCUGGUCAUUCUACCCCAUAUUUGACGUGCAUGAUCUCUCACGCCCGCCUGAGCACGAAAAUCUGGGGUUUAGUUGUGGGUUGGCAGAACCGAUCACAAGCUGCGACAUCCGAGAGCUGUGCCUAUUUGGAUGCCCAGGUUCAACAUUGGAUUCACUCCAUUCCAUCUGAGCUGCGAUUUGACCCUACCUGGCGCUCCCCGGCAGGGUUAGAGCACACCGAUCGAGCCAUGAUGCUACAGGUCCUUCUCGCCCUCCAGGCAAACCAACUCCGGAUUCUUGUGUACAGACAGAACCUGCUUAGCAGUGAACGGAUCAUGGACAACAUCACCGGUGCCUCGAUUGCUGUAGAAACAGCGAAGAGCACGAUCCAUAUGCUGGAGUAUUUCAGCCAGAUUUCCAGCAUAUACUUCCAGCGACCGGAGCCAUUUAAUUACUUUCUGCUUUCCGCUUUGGCUGCUUUGUUUCUGGCAGUCCUCCAUGCCCCCACUCACUUCAGCCGUGCCUGUCGGCCUGAGUUUUACACCGCAGUGGGCAUGGUCCGCCGCUCGGCAACCCAGGCCCGCACGUCUAGGCGAUUGCAAAAAGUCAUUCGCGGUCUGAAGCGCAUCCAACUCAACGUUCAACGGGAAAAUAACCCCGGGCGCCAACAAUCACUCAGGCAAGCCCAUCUUUUCGAUGCGGAGCACAAGGGCGAGAGAUCACCAACAUAUCUCGAAGUUCAUUCUACCCCUCAGACGAGCACACAUCAUCUGCCACACGCAACAUGCGAAGCUAGUUCACUAGCUAAUACUGCAGAAUCUCCAGCGGCGCAGGGAACUCUUAGCCUGCACCCACCAUCAUCAAUUCCCGGUGCCCAUCCUCCAGCCCCCCUGUCUUGGCCAAUCUCACCUGACGCAACAGUUCAAUCCGAAACAAAUGGCUGUGAAGAUUUGAGCAGCUUCUUUGAACUUGCGGGUGGCUUCUACUUUGACCCGCAUUCUACUUCGGACAUUGGCGCCGGAGUAGGUGUAGGGUUGACACCCGCAGGUGAGACACGAUUGCCCAAUACAUUGGAUGCCUUUCACGCUGAAGAAGAGGCUCUUACACGGGUCAUGGCUGGACUACUCUAA